CACGAGACAACAAUCUCGUUCCCACGCGCCGGCUUUGCAGCAAGCACCAUCCGCUGCUGUCCUCGACGGUCACUCCGGCAGCCCUCCCCGGCAGACAGCAGACGGCAGACAGCACGCCAUAGCUGAAAUCGAUGAGCUCUUCCGCAAACAUUGCCGAUGUCGAGGCUGCUCCUGGCGAGGUGCCCCAGUUCGGGAGCACCACGGGGCUCGAUAGGCUGGGUUCGUUGCCGCGCUCCGCUCGGUCGGGCUAUAUCGCCGACCUUGGCGAGGACGACAACCCGAGCAGCUCUGGAAACGAGAGCGACGAAGACCAAGAAAACAGCGAGGAGAUCAUCGAAGGGAGCUCUCUCGAGGUCAUGGUGUUUGAGACGCUCUUUGCCAUGGUCCACAAGAACGACACCAUCUGGCCAACGAUCGAAAUCGUGUUCCUGGUCUUCGAGGACAUGCAGUUUCUGUCCUACGUACUGCAGGACAACUUUGGCAUCAACUACACGUCCACCUUUGUGCUCAAGCUUGUCAAGACGAUCCGCAUCACUCCCGACACCUGGUUCCUCUACAUCGUAUAUCUUUCCGUGGCGUUGCUGCUGGUCUGGGGCAUGUUGGCCAAUCUGCUCUACACGGGCCGAAGCCUGCGCGACUCGACAGGCGCCGUUUGGCCAUUGCGAACGCUCCGACUGUUUGCUGGCACAAUGACUACCAUCCUCUACAUCCCGAUCGUCGAGAUUCUGACCUUUGGCCUAGCUUGUGACUCGACCACGGCCGGCACUCCCCUGGCUCUGCUGCCGUCGUCAUCCAAUCCGCCCUCGUGUCUCUCAGGCGGCCAGGCAACGAUCGCAGCCUUCUCUGUCUUGAGCUUGAUCAUGUUUGUUCCGCUCACGCAUCUGUUCAGUCUGGUGUAUCUGGAUGCGGACCCGUCAAGCCACCAUCCGACUGCUCGGGCACACGGACGGGUCGAGUGUUUCUACCUCGCCGUGCGGACUUUUGUGGUCGUUACCGGCUCUAUACUCUAUGUUUAUGUCGGCUUCCGGAUCUACAGUGUCUUCAUUGCCUUCCUUUUAGCCUGGAUAUCGUUCUUGCGGAUUCAGCCCUUCUACAACAGCAUCUUCACAGACAUUCGCUGCGGUGCCCUCUUUGCCGGUGUGCUCACAUCCUUGCUGGAGUUGCUGGUCUACCAAAGCGCCAUUCCAGCAUUCGGCUUCGACAGUCCGUACUUUUUGACCGCACUGCUCGUCCUGAUACCGAUUGGCUAUGUCGUCGGCGCAGCUACCUCGUUUUUCUAUCGCCGGUAUCUGGUUCAUUACUACGCUGUCCGCGAACAGCGGAGCUACGAACAGGAGGAAGAGGCAUAUGCCAACAUGAGUAGUUCGGACAAGCAAGUGUCAUAUCAAGGCUCGCAGGAUGUUUUUGGCUUGCCAAGCUUACACGGCCUUUUUGAGCGAUCCGAGUCCGUGUACUGGCGCUGGACCGAUGUAGAGCUCGUUGCACGAGAGUCAAUCGCCGACAUUCGCGACCAGAAAAGCAUAAUGUCGCCAGACGACUUUCUCAAGCUCUACCGGUCGUUUAGCUGCGAAUUCCGUGACCGCCCCAAUCGCGCAGAGCCGCACUACCAUUUUGCCCUGUACGCACAGACCUUCUAUGGGGACACGCCACUGGUGGCCAAGCACAUCUCCAAAGCCUGGCACGUGAAGCCGGCGUCAGACAUCCGCUUCUUUAUUUUUUAUCUCAAGAGAAUUAUCCAGCAGAAGCGUCAGAGUGCCGACCAAACGGGCAACUCGAGCAUGCAGGUGGUAAACAUGUUCGAAUUCAACAAGUACACACGCACGGCCACGCACCACCACCAGUCAGCAGCAGCCAAUAUCCUGGCAACGUGGAGAUAUGUCCUCGAGAACGAAACAGAUCUACGACUCCUGCCAAACUAUGCACAGAAGAUCUCGCUCGAUAUCGAAUAUGCUUCCGAAGCCUAUGAGAUUCUGCUGGCAAAGUUCCCGCAGAACCAGAGUGCACUCAUGUCGUAUUCCAACUUUAUCCGGGACAUUGUCGGUGACAAGAAACGGGCAAAGAUAAUGCUGGAGCGAAAAUCGAGCUCGAUGCUCAGCAUCGGGGGCGGGCGAGAUAUGGACGAGGGCUCCGUGUCAGGAUCCAGCUCCACUCGUGAAGGGAGCGUCGCUUAUUCCAUGAGCUACCGUGGCUCAAUAAGCUCUUCGGGGAAAUCCUCGACACUGACACGCAUCAAUAACACUGCUCGACGGAUGAAGCGACGACCAGCCGGCACCAAGGCGAGCGCAAAGGAGGUGCAAGAGGAGCUCAUCAGCUCGUUCAAUGAUCGGCAACACAUGGAGCUGACGCUGAUGAAAAGGGGACUUUGGGUCAUGAGCAUUGGCUUGGUGCUCUUGAUCGCUAUCAACAUCGGUCUCAUCAUGAGAACAGUGGGUAUAUACCAGACGUAUAUGCAGUGGGAAACCACCACCGCCAUUGCGCAAUACUUUAUCAACCGAGUUUACCGGAACACUCUGCGUCUGUCAGUCUCGCUAUCGCUCCAACCGCCCAACAUGAUGGAGGCUUCCGAAUGGGCCGACUCGCUUGCCUAUGACAGUGCCCAAGCCAUCACAAAUGUUCAAGAGCUCUACAUGAGCUCCAUAAGCUUCUACUCAUCCGGCAACCCGUGGCUUGCAAACACCCUCGUCAAUGGAGUUCAGACGCCAAUAUACGCCGCAUUAAUGAACCUCGCUUACGAAGGAUCGCUGCUGGCUUACAGCAUCAAGUCCAAAGGCGUUGGCCAGAAUGUGUCCGCGCUGAUCAACACCGACUUUUUGAUGGUGCUCUCGACCGGGUCCUCGUUAGGGACUCUGUGCGAUAAUGUCAUCAGCCAAGAGCGCGCCAACCGCCUGGCUGGGCUGCAGCUUCCAAGAUUGUCGACAACCGUGGUGCUGGCUGUAUCGAUCGUUCUGGAGUAUAUACUGAUCACGCAGACCAUCAUACCUGCACUGAGGCGUUUUCAUGAUCAGCAAGAGAGCAUCACCAAGCUGUUUUCCAAAAUACCCAAGGCCACUGUCAAGUACCUCGUCACCAAAAUGCAGACAAUCAACAAUGAUAUUUUCAUGGCCAAUGGGGUCGACAAGCUCGAGAUUCCGAUGACCGAAACCCAAGGAGCGGAGCAAGCUGGUAGCUCGAAUCCAAGAGAGCCAGAAGUCGAGGGGGAGAGGUCGCUGGCCGAAGCAAGGGUGCCGCCGCCUCGGCCGGAGACUGGGGAAUCCAAGUACAUUCGGAAGUCCUUCGGGUCAACGCGGUUCAGCAAUCUCAAGGCCAAUGAAAGUGACAUGAUUGAGGAGGACUCUGAAAGCGAGGAUGUCCAGAGCAAUGAUCGAUCCUUGCGCUCUCCACAAGGCACCGACAUGAGAGCUCCGCUUUCCAUCCCCCGAACAAGAAGGCCAUCAUGCAACAUUGAAAUAUCGGUCCAGCCUUCCAAAUCUGCGACCGAUAUCUCGGAGCCCAAAAGCCCGGAUAAACCCAUUCGGUCCGCCCUUCGCCGUGCCAAUUCCGUGAGCCGGCCAGGGAAUAGUUUGGGUGAAGCCAAUCAAGGGAGGCUGACUGUAGGCUCGGCAGCCAUCCAUUCCUACUCGGCAACAUCACUUCGGAUCAGCGCGGAGCCCGUUGACCUUGAGGAGACGACUGAAUCCGACCACGCACUGGCCCACGACGACAAGAACGCCAGUACUAAUCAGCUUUCAAAAGUUGAUUUGUCCUCAAAAGGGUCGAACAAGACGAUCGGGUUUGCUAUCACCGAACCAGCUCCGCAAACCUUGAAGCCCGAAAAGAGCCCGCUCUCGAACCUCGUAGCACAGGGCGCAACAACAUUGGCCACGAUGCCCUUGACGACUCCCCAGGGCGCUCUGCCAGGCCAAGGUGUAUCAGGCGACAAUGAAAACAGCGAUGCAGGAACGAGUGCUACCGUCGAAUCAACGGUCUCAAGCACGAUGAUCAAUCAUAUGUUGCUCUUGAUGCUAUUUUUCGUUGUCAAGGAGCUCUUGCUGCUGAGCAUCAUGAACGGCGCCUUUGACCCGAUGAUCUUGAGCAACGUCGCCAAGAUCUGGGGAAUAUGCGACCUCAACGGCGAUCUGAUUCGCCAUCAGAGCAUCAUCGUCGAGUUCAUGAUUGCAUCCAUCCCGUGGAUGGCUUCGAUCGUCAGCGACCAAGAAUCAGCUAUCUCGGACAUGUACUCGUUUGAGAUGCUUGACACAACCCUCCCCGACCUCAUGAGCUACUCCACAGACCUGUCCGACUUUCUAUGGACCGACCAGACACCGUCUUCGUCCAGUGUGCCACUGAUCUGGUACGCUGGAUCGUGGGCCGAUAGCGGCGUCACAUGUGCAUACCAAAACCCGGUCAUAUCGACAGGCACCGACCCAUACUACUUCAACACAACUGCGCGUCCGAUGCCGAACUCCACGGCCCUGAUCUACGCCUUCGAAAACAUCUAUUUCGAGUCCGAGACGUUGCUCCAUUCGGCUUGCAAGAGCAUCUCGAUUAUUCUGCGGAAUAUCACGAACAUCUGCAGCUUGUCGCUGAAUCCGCUCGGCACCAUUCCGCCAAUCACAUACAACCGCACGCUCCAUGCCGGCUCAGGAAUCACAGCCUCCGUCGUCACGAGUCUGGAUCGGAUGCUUCUGUCGCUGCUUCUUGCCCACGAAAGCUUUACCAUGGCCAACUCCACCCUCGGUAGCUGGAUGGGCCCGCAGUGGUCGCUCAUUGAUGUGCUCACGGAGCCGACGUCGCUCGUGGGACUGAUCGCCUGGAAGGAAUUCAACAUCCAGACCUUCAACAGCAUCAUCACCGCCUUCACUAUCGUGUUUUCCGUCAUCUCGGCCUUGGGUGUCAUCUGUAUCGCUUCCGCAUUGGUUGCUGGCACCCGAGCCUUCCACAGUCUACAGCGGCAGACCCUCCAAAUCAGCGCCAUGUUCAUGAUGAUCCCGCCACAUGCUCUCGAUCACAUUUCCGAUCUCGAGCAGUCGGUCGACACUCGCAUCAGUGGCCCAGUGAGUAUCAUUCUCUAUUGGACCUGGUUCUUGAGUUGGCUGAAAGAGGCUCUGCUCGUCACAGCGCUGAGCCCACGCGAGCUCCGAGACCACGACCUGGAACAAGGCCAGACCUUUGAGCAGGUUUCGACCACGAUCCAGCCAAAGACUGCCGCAAAGAUCAACUCGGUGUCCAGGCAAGAGAAAUCCAAGCGCGGGUUGUCGCAUUUCGGACAAUCUGCAAGCAUUCAGGAAAAGAGCGAAUCGCCCGAGACCGAUCGGCCCCAAAAGAGCUGGCUCUCGAGAUUCAAGGGCUGGCGUUAACUUGGUACUCAGUGUUUGUAUUCAUCGC